AUGACGUCCCACACGUUGGCUUGCAAACUAUUCCUCGCCACGGUGGUCACGGAGCUUGUGAUCAAUCUGGCUAUCGAGGCAAAUAUCCUGUGGCGCUUCCACGUAGAGAUCAAUUCCGGCGAUUCGAGCGAAAUGGAGCUUGAGAACUCCAGACGGUUGCCGAUCUACCUGAUCAUUUAUGGGCUGGCCUAUCUCUGGACCCUCGUUCUGACCGUCGUGGCCAUCAGAGCUCGUAACACCGUGCAGAUCGUCGGCAUUACAGCCUUCAACUUUGCUAUCCUAGCAUAUGCCGUCAUACAGAUCUACGAGCUUCGUAAAAUACUUGGAGACAAUCUCGCCGAAGGCCUGCCAGGCGAGCAAGGUGACAAUGGACCGUCUUCGUCUCUUCUCUCUUUGCCAUUGAACAUCUUGACUGCUGUAGUCAUCGCGGUGGUGGCUACGGGUAGCAUCAUUCUGAUCAUAUUGUCUUACUUCAUCCGACGAGAUUUUGGCUGGGAUCGAUAUCGAUUUCUCGGAGCAGACCUGCAGAUCCGCAAGUUUUACUUUCGGUUCCAGAUCUUUGAGUGUAUCGCGUACUUUUCCGCGUUCUUCUGUGCGGGAUUCGGUAUACAGUUCAUCUGGCUCGUCCUUCAAAAGACCGACGUCGAGUACAUUAUCACCUGGAUUAUGUUCCCAUUGUCCAUUCUCUUGCUUAUCAUGGGACGCUUUGCGGCAAAGUACGAGAAUCGGUAUCUGAUGGGAGCGUUCGAAGUCGGGCUGUUCGCCGGAUGCGCAUACUUUGUCUUCAAGCUCAUUCGAAUCUGGCAGCAAACUGAUACAGUUUACGAUAAUGUCGUCGCUUCCCUGACGACUUUCGACGCUCUGAGCUUGUUGUCCUUGAUGGCUUGUUUCAUCGGUGGCGCCGUUGUUUGGUCAAAUUUUGGCAAGGGACUCAAGGAGGCUCGUGAGUGA